GGAAAGGGGGCUGGCCUAAAGGCAAGAAAAGGAAACCCCCAAGGGACCCUCCUGUUCCCCGCGCUCCUAGGACAGGGUACGUGAUAUUCCUAAAUGAGCAGAGGAGCCCCCUGAGGGCCAGGCACCCAGAUCUGCCUUUCACGGAAAUCACGAAGAUGCUGGCCGCUCAGUGGGCUCAGCUGCCCCAAGAGAAAAAGCAAAGGUAUGUGUAUGAGGCAGUUGAAGACAAGCAGCGCUACAUCCGAGAGCUGCAGGCCUACCAGAGCUCCAAGGCCUACCGAGCCUUCCUGCGCAGGCGGGCAGCGCACAAAGUGCAGGCGCUGUGCGGAACAGGUACACUAGGAUGUGAGUUUGAGAGCGAGGGCCUUGACUUCUCAGCAAUUGACAGGCCUUGGGAUGAGUUGAAAUUCUCAGCUGUGCUCAGAAAAGCCUCAACCCGGCAAGCGAUCUCACAGGGGGAUGAGAACGAUGACCUGUACUGUCGGACCUGCAGGCAGUUCUUCAGUUCCCUGCAUAACAAGCGGGAGCACCUGCUGGGGAAGCAGCACCUGCAGAACCUCACAGGGGAAUUUGAAAAAGAUUCUGCUGAGUGCUUGAAGCAUCUGGAGCCUCUGGAGGGAGAGGUAGGUCAGAAUUUGAACAAAGGGGACUCAGAGGAGGAAGCUGAGUGCCCUGAUCCACUUCCACUCAGAGGCCUGAUUCCAGAGACGAGUUUUGCUUCACUUGACUUACGUUUCUUGCAAGAGUUCAUCUUUAAACUUCUGAAAAUCAAAGAAUUUGAGCUCAGAGAGCUGAGGAAGACUUUAGAAAGAGCUCAAGUAGAGCAGGAGGCCCUGCAGAGGCAGCUGCUGGAGUUUCAGAACCGGCGGCAGAGGCUGGAGGUGGAGCUGGCCGGCCUGAAGACCUACGGGGUCGUCCUGGAGAAGGAGUUUGAGAACCUGAACAUGGUCCUGAUGCUGUCCCACUUCGGCCUGCGAGUAAUAGACACGACAUAAAGCAGUGCCCACCCCCGCACCGACGGAACCCCAGGACGCAUCCUGGACACACAGGAGUCAGCUUCCAAAGGUGUAUUUCCCUCAGUGGAGGAAGAGUGGAAGAUCCUGGGAUCCUGCAGAUGGGACAGCCAGGACGGCUCUACUGACCCAGGAAAAAAUAAAUUGUGCAUGUGUGUUUGCACAACAGA